AUGGGAUCCUCGCAGACUGAACUUCCGGCGUUGAAGUUCCCCUUCAAGGACCCGAAGUUCAUCUUCUUCACCGACUUCGACGGCACUAUCACGCUGCAAGACAGCAAUGACUUCAUGACAGACAACAUAGGCUUCGGCGGGGACAAGCGCCGCCAAGGAAACCGAGAUGUUCUCGAAGGUAAGGACACCUUCCGCGACUCAUUCAAGAAGAUGAUGGACUCUGUCACCAAGCCCUUCCCGGAGUGCAUCGACUACCUGGUCCAGAACAUCAAACUCGACCCGGGCUUUCAGGAGUACUUCCAGUGGGCUCUGAAGAAUGAGAUUCCUACCGUUGUGGUGUCUUCUGGCAUGGAGCCUAUCAUUCGCGCCAUUCUUAAGAACCUCAUUGGGCCUGACCAUGAUAAGCUUGACAUUGUCAGCAACGAGGUCGAGGCUCGCCCUGGAAAGUCGAUUGACCAGGAGGGUGGCUGGCAGAUCAAGUACCACGAUGACAGUGGCUUUGGGCACGACAAGUCACUUACCCUCAGACCUUAUGCCAACUUGCCAAAGGAGAAGCGGCCGACGCUAUUCUACGCUGGUGAUGGUGUGUCGGAUCUGAGCGCUGCAAAGGAGACAGAUCUGCUCUUUGCGAAGAAGGGCCAUGAUCUCAUCAGAUACUGCGCGCGUGAGAACGUCCCAUUCACGGUCUUCGAAGACUGGUCGAAUAUUCUCAAGGUUGUGAAGAAGAUUCACGCUGGUGAGAUCUCGGUCCAUGAUGCCGCUAAGCAGGGUUACGAGGACUACAAGAACGGUGCUGCAGGUCUCUCCGCAAACGGACAAGCAAAGUGA